AUGGCCGCCAUCUGGGGUAACGGCGGGCAGGCUGGCCAGUUCCCGCUGGAGCAAUGGUUCUAUGAAAUGCCCCCUGUAACUCGAUGGUGGACAGCAGCCACAGUUGCCACUUCAGUCUUGGUCCAAUGUCACGUCCUCACCCCAUUCCAGCUGUUUUAUAGCUUCCGCGCAGUCUAUGUUAAGUCUCAGUAUUGGCGUCUGUUCACAACCUUCCUAUACUUCGGACCACUCAAUCUCGACUUACUAUUUCAUGUGUUCUUCUUGCAGCGAUACUCGCGCCUCUUGGAGGAAUCAUCGGGGCGAUCGCCGGCCCACUUCUCGUGGCUUCUGUUCUACGCCAUGGCCUCUCUCCUCGUCCUCUCGCCAUUUCUCUCCCUUCCAUUCCUGGGCACGGCUCUCUCUUCCAGUCUGGUCUACAUCUGGAGUCGUCGCAACCCGGAAACUCGCCUCAGCUUCCUAGGAAUGCUGGUCUUCACCGCCCCCUAUCUCCCCUGGGUUCUGAUGGCAUUCAGCCUGGUCGUCCAUGGCAUCGUGCCCAAGGAUGAAAUCUGCGGCGUUGUCGUCGGCCACGUCUGGUACUUCUUCAACGAUGUUUACCCUUCGCUUCACGGUGGUCACCGUCCUUUCGAUCCUCCUAUGUGGUGGGUGCGUCUGUUUGAGUCAGGGCCCGGGGAACGAGGCACCGACGCUGCCAACGUCAACGGGGAAUUCGCCGCUGCUGCUGCACCCGAAGUUCGGUGA